UUUUGUAUUAGAUGGUAUGAGAUUAAUGGCCAGUGUCAACGAGGAACAGUGUGUACAACAACCAAGGAAAUGCCUGGAGACAAACAUAUCUGCAAUAUUUGUUUGUGGAGGAAAAAGGUCUUUGUGUUACUUUCCAAAACAAAAUGUGUGGUACAAGUUGUCAGACAUGCUUUUUCAACAUGAUUAUCCCAGCAAUCCAAGCCAAUGCAGGGGAGAAAUUUACCUGCCCUUCCAGGGGUCAGAUCAGCUAGGUGGGUCUAGUUUAAUGGAAUGCUACAGACCUUCUGCCAACUCUUGGGGUGCAUUUCAAGUUACAAAAGCAUUUACUAGAACUACAGUUUUGAAUGGACUUUUGUAUGCAACUGAAGAAAGCUUUGAAGGUUUUGAGAUAAACAUAUAUCAUCCUGAAAAGCCUGACUGUUGUAAUAAAUUAAAGAAGCCACCUACUACUCUUUUUAACGGUUGCAUUGUGACUGAUGAGCAAUAUAUUUACCUAAUAGGUGGUAGAUCGCACUGUAUACUACAUACAUCCUUGUCAACAACAUACAGACUUGAUCCUAGUGCUGAUGAUCAUGAGUGGGAAGAAGUUGCACCUAUCAAUCAAGCUAGAUACAAUGCCUUUGGAGCUGCCAUGAAUGGCAAGGUGUACAUAGCAGGUGGACGUCAUGGCCAAGCAGUAGCACUUGGCACAUGUGAGGUUUACAAUCCUGUAACCAAUGAAUGGCAGCUGAUGCCAAGUCUCAAGGUACCUCGGAUGUCAGCAAGCAUGGUGUGCCAUGAAGGAAGGCUUUAUGUUUUGGGAGGUGUCAUCCCCUUGACUGGCAGAUUGUCACGGGUAUUAUCAGUUGAAACAUUUGAUUCUGAGCAAAAUAAAUGGAAAGAGAGAUCAGUUAUACCAGUUGAUCGCUUUGAAACAAGUGAGGAACAGAAAAUGAAGAAUAUAUUUAAAGCUUGUUCUGCAAAACUUUGCAAAGAGGUGAUUGACAAACUUGAGCCAUUAAAUAAGUAGCCAUCUCUCUGUUUUAUCAGU